AUGCUCAAGCGGUUGUAUCUUGGUUUCACCAACUUGACAGUUAUACAAGAUGUCAAAUUAGGGGAGCGGAAUAAUGUAGUAAAAAUUGACAAUUUAUCAUGUAAUUUUGCAAGUGAAAUUCCAGAAGAGAUCAAUAAUCUACAUAUCUUGGAAUAUUUAUACCUUCACGAUAACCAGAUUAUGGGCUCUAUACCGACAAACAUAUUCAAUAUCUCAUCCUUGAGGGUUAUUUCUUUGAAAGUUAAUAAACUAAAUGGCACCAUUCUAGAAAAUAUGUGCCAUAGGCUUCCAAACAUUGAAGGGCUUUACCUAUAUGGAAACCUAUUGCAUGGCCAAAUGCCAACAGGUUUACUUGAAUGCUUGGCACUUCAAGAGUUUACUUUAGAAGAAAAUGAACUCACUGGAACCAUUCCAAGAGCAAUUGGGAAUCUGACAUUUCUCACGAGAAUCUACCUUGGGCAUAAUAAGUUCACAGGCACAAUAUCACAAGGUAGGCAAUCUAGCAAGCUAGAAGAUUUCAGCUUGAUAGUCAACAGCAUAACUGGUCCAAUACCAGUUGAAAUAUUCAAUAUCUCAACUCUGGUAAUUCUUUCAUUGGUGGGAAAUCAUCUCUCUGGCAAUCUUCCAUCAAGCAUGGGUAGUCGAUUACCCAAUUUGGAAACUGUCUACCUGAGCCUUAAUGACCUUGAUGGAGUGAUAGCACCCUCCAUAUCAAAUGCUUCAAAACUAGCUUACUUAAACUUAUCUAAUGACAAAUUCAGUGGCUUGAUUUCCAUGUCGCUUGGAGGUCUAAAGCAUCUGAAAAAAUUGGAUUUCAGGGUGAAUAAUCUUACAAGUGAACCUUCAUCUUCUGAGUUGAGCUUCAUCACUUCCCUAACAAAUUGCAAAAAUGUAACAAGAUUGGGUAUGAUUGAUAAUCCUUUGAAUGGUAGUCUUCCCUUAUCUAUUGGAAAUCUUUCAGCCUCUUUAGAAAGAAUUUAUGCAUACAAUUGUGAAAUCAGGGGAAAUAUUCCACAAGGACUUGAAAAUUUGAGCAGCUUAGUGAUAUUGGCUCUGUCCAAAAAUCGCUUAACUGGAUAUUUUGCAACAACAAUUGAAGGUUUUCAAGACCUCCAAGGUAUAUCUCUCAAUGAAAACCUUUUGACUGGAAUCGUUUCAGAAGAUAUUUGCGCCUCGAAGAGCUUGUACAAUUUGUAUUUGCACAAAAACCAAAUUUCCGGUUCACUUCCUUCAUGUACAGGUAACAUGACUUCUUUGAGAUAUCUCAGCAUUGUCGAAAACUCAUUGAACUCCAGCAUACCAACUAGUGUAUGGAACCUCGACAAUCUCUUGGCAUUGAACCUGUCUUCCAACUUCUUCAGUGACAUACUAUCUAAAGAAAUUCAAAAUUUGAAGGCAGCAACAUAUAUUAGUUUGUCAGCAAAUCAUAUCUCAGGACACAUUCUGAGCUCAAUUGGAGAUCUGCAAAUGCUACUAACACUUUCUUUGGCAGAAAAUAAGCUACAAGGAUCUACUCCAGACUCGAUGGGUGACAUAUCAAAUUUGGUGUUCUUGGACUUAUCCAAUAAUAAUCUUUUAGGUCUAAUCCCAAAGUCCAUGGUGGCACUUCAAUUUCUCAGUUACAUCAAUCUUUCUUUAAACAAUUUACGGGGUGAAAUUCCAUUCGAUGGUCCUUUCAAAAACUUCACGAGUCAAGCAUUCAUGUCUAAUGGAGGGCUAUGUGGUAUUACAAGAUUUCUUGUUCCUCCAUGUAGCACUUCCAUAGAUCACAAGUCAACCAGGAAGAAAACAUCUCAUGUGAUAUUAAUUACAUUAGGCAUUGGAGCAGCAUUAAUGGCUAUAACCUUUGUUAGGAUCCAAAGAUUAAACAUAAUGAUAGAUGUGGCAUGUGCAAUUGAUUAUCUUCAUAAUGGCUACUUGACACCAGUGAUUCAUUGCGAUUUGAAGCCUAGUAAUGCCCUGCUAGAUGCAGAAAUGGUUGCUCAUGUAACUGACUUUAUGGAUAAAGAUGAUAGCAUUAUCUACACAAGGACGCUCGCCACCUUUGGUUAUAUUGCACCGGAGGAUGUAAUUGAUUCUUUAAAGACAAUGGAUUACUACUGCAGAAUAUGGUUUGGAAGGACUAGUAUCAACAAGCCAAAUGAAGAGAACUUCACAGGAAAAUUGGAGCGUGUUUCUUUAGUCAUGGAAUUGGCUUUACAUUGCACUGCAAAAUCCCUUAAAGAAAGGAUCGGCAUGAAAGAUGCUCUUGCAGCUCUAGAGAAGAUUAAGGUUUAG